CGAAGCCACGCCCCCCAGGCCCCUGCGCUCGGCGGGCUCAGCCAAUCAGGGGCCGGCUCGCGUGGGCGCAGGGUCGCCAUUGGACGCCCACGGCCCGGCCGCCCGGGUCUCGGGCUACCUGUAGCUGAGGGAGCCGCCGGGUCGGCCGGGCGGGCGGGCGGGCGCGCGCCGAGGGCUCGUUCUCGCGAGAGCGCCGCUCCCGGCUCGGGUCGUGGCAGCCGCGGCGGCGGAGGGAAGAGGCUCCCGUCAUGGACGCUCUCGAGGACUGCGUUUGGCCGAGGGCCACCUCGGAGCUCAUCCUCCUGCCGGUCACGGGUCUGGAGUGCGUGGGGGACCGGCUGCUGGCGGGCGAGGGGCCCGACGUCCUGGUGUACAGCUUGGACUUCGGCGGGCAUCUGCGGAUGAUGAAGCGAGUGCAGAACCUGCUGGGCCACUAUCUGAUCCACGGCUUCCGCGUGCGGCCCGAGCCCAAAGGAGACACCGACUCGGAGGCCAUGAUCGCCGUGUUUGGGAGCAAGGGGCUCCGCAUUGUGAAACUGAGCUGGGGUGAGGGCCGUUUCCGGGAGCUCUGGCGCUCCGGCCUGUGGAACAUGUCCGACUGGAUCUGGGAUGUCCGCUGGCUCGAGGGCAACGUGGCCCUGGCGCUGGGCCACAACUCGGUGGUGCUCUAUGACCCCGUGAUAGGAUGCAUGCUGCAGGAUGUCCCCUGCACCGACAGGUGCACGCUGUCCUCGGCCUGCCUGGUCGGGGACACCUGGAAGGAGCUGGCCAUCGUGGCGGGCGCCGUGUCCAACCAGCUCCUGGUGUGGUACCCGGCCACCGCCCUGACCGACGGCAAGCCGGUGGCGCCCGACCGGCGGGUCAGCGGGCACGUGGGCGUGAUCUUCAGUAUGUCCUACCUGCCCAGCAAGGGCCUGCUGGCCACGGCCUCGGAGGACCGCAGCGUCCGCCUCUGGAAGGUGGGCGACCUGCGGGUGCCCGGCGGGCGCGUGCAGAACAUCGGCCACUGCUUCGGGCACAGCGCGCGCGUGUGGCAGGUGAGGCUGCUGGAGAACUACCUCAUCAGCGCGGGGGAGGACUGCGUGUGCCUCGUGUGGAGCCACGAGGGGGAGAUCCUGCAGGCCUUCCGGGGCCACCAGGGCCGCGGGAUCCGCGCCCUGGCCGCCCACGAGCGGCAGGCCUGGGUGAUCACGGGCGGCGACGACUCGGGCAUCCGCCUCUGGCACCUGGUGGGGCGCGGCUACCCGGGCCUGGGCGUCUCGGCGCUGGGGUUCAAGUCCCCGAGCCGGCCGGGCGCCCUCAAGGCCGUCACCCUGGCGGGCUCCUGGCGGGUGCUGGCGGUGACCGACAAGGGCGCGCUCUACCUCUACGACCUGGAGGCCAAGAGCUGGGAGCGGCUGCUGGAGGACGCGCGCUUCCAGUCGUACUGCCUGCUGGAGGCGGCGCCGGGGCCCGAGGGCUUCGGGCUGUGCGCGCUGGCCAACGCGGAGGGCCGCGUCAAGGUGGUGCCGGUCAACACGCCCGCGGCCGCCGUGGAGCGCGCGCUGUUCGGCGGGAAGGUGCUCAGCCUGAGCUGGGCGCUGCGCGGCUUCGAGGAGCUGCUGCUGCUGGCGUCCGGGCCCGGCGGCGCCGUGGCCUGCCUGGAGAUCGCCGCCGCGCCCUCGGGCCGGGCCAUCUCGGUGCGCGAGCGCUGCCGCUACCAGCUGCCCCCGAGCAAGCAGCGCUGGCUCACGUGCAGCGCCUUCCUGCCGCCGGGGGACCUGCUGGUGUGCGGGGACCGCCGCGGCUCCGUGCUGCUCUUCCCCGCGCGGCCCCGCCGAGCCGCCGCCGCCCCGGCCGGGGCCCGGGAAGGCGGCGCCCGCCCCGCCGCCGCGCACGGCCCCGUGUCCUCGCUGCACGGGCUGCACGGCAAGCAGGGCGUCACCUCCGUCACCUGCCACGGCGGCUACGUCUACUCCACGGGCCGCGACGGCGCCUACUACCAGCUGUUCGUGCACGGCGGCCGGCUGCAGCCCGUGCUGCGGCAGAAGGCGUGCCGGGGCAUGAACUGGGUGGCCGGGCUGCGCGUGGUGGCCGACGGCAGCAUGGUGCUGCUGGGCUUCCACGCCAACGAGUUCGUGGUGUGGAGCCCGCGCUCGCACGAGAAGCUGCACAGCGUCCGCUGCGGCGGCGGCCACCGCUCGUGGGCCUUCUCCGACACCGAGGCGGCCAUGGCCUUCGCCUUCCUCAAGGACGGGGACGCCAUGCUCUACCGCGCGCUGGGCGGCUGCACGCGGCCGCACGUGAUCCUGCGCGAGGGCCUGCACGGCCGCGCCGUCACGGGCGUGCGGCGCGUGGGCACCGUCACGCUGGGGCCCGAGUUCGAGGUGCCGGGCCGCGAGCCGCCCGACGACGCGGAGCCCGGCAGCGAGGGGCCCGGCCUCAUCGACAUCGUGCUCACCUGCAGCGAGGACACCACCGUGUGCGUCCUGGCGCUGCCCACCACCACCGGCUCCGCGCACGCGCUCACCUCCGUCUGCAACCACAUCUCCUCGGUGCGCGCCCUGGCCGUGUGGGGCCUGGGCAGCCCCGGCGGCCCCGAGGGCCCCCGGCCCGGCCUCACCGCCCACGUGGUGUCGGCGGGGGGCCGCGCGGAGAUGCACUGCUUCAGCAUCAUGGUCACCCCGGACCCCAGCGCCCCGAGCCGCCUGGCCUGCCACGUCAUGCACCUCUCCUCCCACCGGCUGGACGAGUACUGGGACCGGCAGCGCCACCGCCACCGCCAGAUCAAGGUGGACCCCCGAGACCAGGUACGGUACAUGUCCCUGGCCAUCUGUGAAGUUGACAAGCCUGGCAUGGGUCCUCUCGUAGCCGCGGCUUGCAGCGACGGGGCCGUGAGGCUCUUUCUCCUGCAGGACUCCGGGCGAAUUAUGCAGCUCCUGGCCGAAACUUCCCACCACAAGCGAUGCGUCCUCAAGGUCCACUCGUUCACGCACGAGGCGCCUGGUCAGCGGAGGCGGCUGCUCCUGUGCAGCGCGGCCACCGACGGCGCCCUGGCCUUCUGGGACCUCACCACGGUGCUGGAGCCCGAGGGGCAGCCGGCCCUGCCCUACGACCUGGGCUCGCCCCGCCUCACCGUCCAGGCCCACAGCAGCGGCGUCAACAGCCUGCACACGCUGCCCACGCCCGACGGCCGCCACCUCGUGGCCAGCGGCAGUGAGGACGGCUCUCUCCACGUCUUCACGCUGGCCGUGGAGAGGCCGGAGCCCGGCGAGGAGGAGGGCGAGGCCGAGCCCGCGCCCCGGCUGCGCGUCCUGGAGGAGCACUCGGUCCCCUGCGCGCACGCGGCCCACGUGACCGGCCUCCGGCUGCUGAGCCCCAGCCUGCUGGUGUCGGCCUCCAUCGACCAGCGCCUGACCUUCUGGCGGCUGGGGCCCGGCGCGCCCGCCUUCCUGCACAGCGCCGUGUACCACGUGCCCGACGUGGCCGACAUGGACUGCUGGGCCGUGAGCCCCGAGUUCGGCCACCGCUGCGCGCUCGGCGGCCAGGGGCUCGAGGUGUACAACUGGUACGACUGAGGCCGCCCGCCCGCCCGCCCGCCCGGGCCCGCGCCUCCUGCGGAGGGGGCCGAGGGCAGGAGCUCAGGUGCCGCGCCACGCCAGGACACGAGGCUGCCACAGAAGCGGUUUAUUUUGCCCCGCUCCCUCACACCGGUGACUCGGGGUGUCUUGGGCCGCUG